AUGUCAUCGAAAGCGCUGUGGAACACUAGAGGGUGGGAGGGAGACGCUGGCAAAGGGAGGCCAGCGGGGAGAGAAACAGGGAGACGGGGAGGCAACAUUGAUCGAUCCCGGAGGCACCCACUCCUGGAAAAGGAAACCUUUGAAAAGCUACAGCGCAAUGAUGUCGUGGAGACCAGGCCGCACAUUCUUCACUUUGGCGGCUUCCAGAUCCACAAGGAGCACACUCAGUUGCUCAAACUUGUGAAUAUCUCACCUUCAUCACUGCGAGUCUCCAUUAUUGGUCCAGCCACCCAAUGGUUCAAGAUCAGGUUUGACAAGAAAGGGCUUUUGGCGCCUGGAAUGAGUGAAGACAUCAUGGUCACCUUCGAGCCACAUGAAUGGCGCUAUUACUAUGACACCAUCAAGAUAUUUUGUGGUGAGUUGUCUGAGAAUCUGAUAGUGCCAAUCCAUGCAUACCCUUCAGCCAAUGAUGUUGUCCUGCCUCGGAUGCUGGACUUUGGUUCCAUAGCAAUUGGAACGCGAGGGUCCUGGAAUUGA